AUGGCGAUUCCAAGGGGUCAUGCUUAUGCCGAAGAAUGUAACAAUUAUUAUACGCUCAUUGAUGCGAUGAAGUAUACGAAAGAAGGUUUGGAAGGUAUAGUGAAACGUUCUGUGGAAGAUUUGUACGAGAGGAUUUACAACAAGUGUCAUGGAAUACAACCGUGUGUCGACAACUGCACUGCAAUUCAUGGGUCAAAGUUUAAAAAGUGGUGCGACUCGUGUACGAAGUGGAGAGAGGAAUUAUCUCUGUUUAUGAACUAUUCUGGUCAUGUAAAUCGAGUUGAGUGGAAACUAUUUGACUCCAGAGAUUGGUUAAAAUGUAAUGAUUCGUCUACAAUAAAUCAGGUCGCCAAUAUUUUUGUUUAUAAAUGUAAACAGCCUAAAAAAUCGAUUACGGACGAUUUCAUCGAUAUGAUUUCGUUAUUUGAAAACUGUUCUUAUUUUGCUUUUGGAAAAAAUAAAGGACUUACGAGGGAUAUUCGGUCUAUUAGAAAUGAUUUUUUCGCACACAAUUCCUCUUAUACAAUAAACAACAAAGAUACAUUAUACUGUCUGGAUAAGUUUUCUACUCUUUUGAAUCAACCGCUGUUUCGGACGGACAAGAAGUGCAAUGAAAUGCAUAAACUUGUAUGUGAUCUAAAGAAUUCUAGACAACGAGUUCAAAACAACAAUACUUCAGAAACUAAAUCGAUAAUGCAACCUUUUCUUCGACUUUAUCACAAUGAACCAAUGAUUGUUGUGGAGAAGGCCAAUGAGGUAAUAUCAAACAUAAAAAACAAACAAUUAACACGGCCAUUACACAGAAGAUAUGACCUAAUACUGCUGGUGCUCUUGUUAUAUUACCAUUAUAUUGAAAUGCCUUGGAAUACUAACAACGGUUUCAAACCACCGAAAGGAUGCAACACUAUGGACUUUACAUUUCCAUGGAAAAGUGACUUGAACUUUAAAUCCUAUAUCAGCGUUCGGGAGGAUUUCGUAGGAAGAGAAUGGAUGACUGAAGACAUAGCUUACGAACUACUACAUACUGAUCGCAGAGGACUCUUGAUUGCAGCAGAAUUAGGAUUCGGUAAAUCUGCGCUUGUUUCACAUAUUGCUUGUAGCCAUGAUCAAAUUUCAUCGGCGUAUCCAAUAUAUGAAAAAACAAUUGGGAUUCAUAUGUGUCGAUAUGAUACAAAUUUAACUCUUAGUCCAGGAAUAUUUGUACGCAAUAUGGCAGGGAAACUUGCAGAACAAUUUCCUGAAUUUGGAAAUAUUCUGAAUACAGAAAAUAUGGCAUCCGAUUAUCUAACCAAUUCAAAAUGCAUCCAGGAUCCACACGGAUGUUUUGAUCACACUAUUUUGUAUCCACUUCAGAAUUUAAACUCAAGUCAAGAUAUUAUUUUCAUUGUUGACGCCUUAGAUGAGUGUAUUGAAAUUGGACCUAGAAAUAUUUUUUCCCUGUUAAAUAAGAAAAUUCAUCUUUUGCCCCAAAACAUAAAAUUUUUAUUUACUUCUCGAAACAUAUCAACUAUCAGAGUAAACCUUCCACCAGGAGUUUCUGUUUAUCAGACACAUUUAUUUCGGGAAAAAAGUUUAGGUGAUAUAAAAAAAUAUAUAAGUCACAGACUUGAAAAUAAUUCUGUCAAUGAACAAUAUCAAACAUUAUUAUCUAGUUCAAACUUAGACGAAACGUUAGAAAAACUGGCAGACCUUGUAGAUGGAAAUUUUCUAUUUUUAACAAAUGCAUUUGAUUUUUGGGUAAGAGUUGGCAAUAUAAACGCAUUUCCUGAUAAAAUGGAACAUAUUUAUCGUUUAAAUGUUUUACGGAUAUUUGAUAAAUCAGAAAAUAUAUUCGAAGAUGUGCGAUCCAUAAUAGAAAUACUAUGUGCAUCCCAAGGAUUAAUUAAGGAGUCUUUACUAUAUGAAAUUUUGAAUGUAUAUGACUUUAAGAGGAGGAAGUAUUUUUCUCGAUUACUGUCGAAUGAAUUAUCCCAUUUUAUACAAAGAGCAUCUGAGAACGUAGUUUUUACCAACAAACGGAUUGCUGAUUUUUUCUCUAGACAAGAUAAUUUGGAAAAUGAUUUUUACAUUUUCCAACAAAAUGGGCAUAAACUGAUUGCUAAAUUUUUCUUAAAACAUCUUGAGAAUCAACAUGCUAAUAUAAGUGUAACAUUGUUAAAGGACACAUUUCGACACGUGGCUCUUUCUGAAGACAAAACUUUAAAAAACAGAUUGAUCAAUGAGAUUUCUAGUCAUACAAAUGAAAGUAAGUACUCUUUUCUGAUGCAUUACAUUGCGGCAUCUUUAAAUUCUUACGACGCUAUGUCAAUAGCGAUUCUUUCGAUGUCUCAUUCAAAUAUUGAUAUGAAGGACCCCGGGAAAUCAACGGCAUCCUUUAUUGCUGCUACCUACGGCAAUGACAAUGCAUUGGCCGCUUUGAUUGAACGUGGAUCUGAUGUAAACUACCAAAGACCCCCGCCUGUCUUUAUUCAACUUAAACAUUUUCAGGACCCUAUACAUUUUUGCAAAUAUAAUAUAUUUUGUGGAUACAAUCUUGCAAACAUUGCCUCUCAAAAUGGUCACGCAAAUGUUUUAAAAUUUCUUAUUAAGUAUAACAUCAAUCUUUGUCAUGAAACCUCUCUGGGUCUUAAUUCGUUCCAUCUUGCUUCUGAACAUGAUCACGUGCACAUACUUCGCAUUCUUAUGUCAUCGAAAUUGUGUAACUGGACUUCCAGCUUUGACCAGGCCCUAUAUCUCAGUGCAAAAAAUGGCCAUGUCCGUGUUGUUAAGUAUCUACUCUCUAUAAAUGCUACUGACAAUUGUGUACCUUGCUCCAAUUUUAUUCACUGGAUCCCGAAGGGAAAAUCAAGACUUCAGACUUACACACGUAUGCCAAAUCUACCAUACGAACGCGAUUACAAGAACUACCUUUUAAGAGAUGACAGGCGUUUUUAUUUCUGCGAAUCUGCUUUAGAUAUUGCAGUUCAAAACAAUCAUUUAGAAGUUUUUAAAAUUCUAGUUGGUCAAAAAGAAAAUGCCCUUAACUGUGUAAGUGCUCGAGGGAUGACACCCGCUAUCACAGCUGUGGUUUUUAACAGUAAAGAUGUUAUUUAUCAUUUUCUUCAGUCAGGGUUACCUUUGAAUGACACAUGUACGGUUCGACAUAUAAAGAAACGGUUUAAAAAUUAUGAUGAAGACAUGGAUAAUGAAACAUUUUGCAAAAAUGAUCUAUCAUUUUGGCAUAUGCUAGCUAUUCACUCAUCGCCAGAAAUUUUCACAAAUGUGAGCAACAAUGCAAAAUAUGAUUAUGUAUGGAAGUUAACAGAUAAUAAUGGAGCUACACCAUUUCAUCAUGCUUGUUGCAAUCGUCGUGUAGAAUAUGGAUCUUUUUUCAUGCUUGCUUCCCAUAUUUUGGAUAGAACUCUUAAUGGAUCAACACCAGCCCACUCUGCUGCCGUUUGCUUAAAUGUUAUUCCAAUAUAUAUAUUUAUGAAGUACAAAAAUCUUCCCAUAGAUAUCAAGGAUUAUAGUUAUAAAAACAUCUUACAUUAUUUUGCAACUUCUACACAAAAUACAAUGUCGAUAUCUAUUGAUUUCCUGUCUAAAUUUAUCAAUGAAAGUUAUGACAAACUUAUAAGUGAACAGGAUUCUGAUGGUAGAACACCAUUACAUUUUGCUGCUAUGUCGGGAAAUACUUUACUGAUAAAGAAUGAUUACUGGAACAUCACAUUUCAACCUGAUCACUAUAUGAUUAGAGACAAGUUUAAUUCGUCUGUAUUGGACAUUCUCUUUGAAUAUAUGCCUUCUUUUCAGCCAAUAUUAGGAAAGUUUACCUUAAAACUGCCUUAUGGUUGCGACUUUGACGAUUUGCUUAGAACACCAGGGUGCGCCAAAAUACGUUUGAAAAUUUUGGACAAUUUUGAAAUGUUUGCAUUUAAAGCACUAUCAGAUUUAAAAGGAACCAAUCUUUUACGUAAAAGAAAUAUUUUUUCUUUUAUGAAUGAAGCGUUGAAAAAGAACCGGUUUUAUGUACUCCACAUGAUAAAAGUUUUUUUCCCAAAGCUCUAUCAAUCAGUCAGUAAAUCAAAUGUGCAUUUGUUUUUUGGUCAAUUAUUUCAAAAAUCAAUAUAUCCUAACUUGAUAUUGUCUUCAACGGUUUUACCCGAUCUUAUGAAGUAUGCAUGCGAGAGUAGAAAACAGUAUGGGUAUCUGUGGUAUAUGUUUUACGACAGUCAGAGAAAAUUUUGGCCAAUGUAUACGAUUUGGAAUGGAACACAGCUGUACAAUGUAAUGGAUUUAGUGCUCAGAAAGUGUACCCAAAGAGAUCUUUGGAAAGCUGCUGUAAAAGGAGGAAACCUUUAUCCUUUGCUUAAUACGGGCAUUAGAAAACUGGCUGAUUACAAUAUUACAAAUUUUGUUCACCUCGCACCAUGUAUUAUACCGCAGUCAAAAUAUCUAGCACCAAACUUGAAACUCAUAGCUAAUACCAACAGUUAUUUAUCAAUGCCAGAUGUUACACCAUUUUCCCAUCCUGUAGCAUUACAGUUUAUUCUGCAUUCAGGUUUAAAAAUACAAUAUUCCACUCACUGUUUACAAAAUACACCAGACCUCAGCAUUUACCACAUUUGGGUAUCAAAGGGAUUUUGGUCCCUUUACGAAUUUUCCGAAGACAAAGAACUAUUGAAAUGUAAAAAUAGAUAUAAGAUAACUCCAGCUCAUUUAGCUUAUUUUUUUAACCAUUCAUCGCCUUAUCAGGAGAAUAUAGACACAAAACGAUUUAUUGACAAUCAUUUUAGCGCACUUUUUUUCAAAGUAGUAAUGGAUUUUCGCACUUUUGUAUUUCCAGAGCACUCCAAGGCUUGGACAUGUGUUCAGUAUGUGCAUAAAUUUAACAGAAUGUCUCUAAAGAAAUUACUAUUUUUGGGGAGUCUAGAAAAUGAAAUCUGCAGCUUAAUAUCUAAAUUGUACCAGGUAGACUGGGAUUUGGUUUUCCAUAUAUUUUCGUUCAAGAAUAUACAAAAAUUUGUUGACUUGAAACAACCAUUUGAAUUUAUCAAUUACAUUCAGCAUAUUCGCACAACCUGUCAAUACAAGAAAGAUAUCUCUCCAUCCCAACAUGUAUCUAAAUUCUAUAAGGCGAAUAAAAUUGUCAACAGCGAAUGUUUAAAUCCAGUAGAUUUUUUGAAGAGCCGGUUUUGUUUAAAAUACAUUACCUUUUUGAACAAACAAAGAAAACAUGUGAACUAUAAAAUAGAGUCAAUUUUAGUUAUGUAUUUUCCUUUGUGUUAUUUGAUUUACCACAGAUUUAUAAUAGAACUUCCUGAUUUGGCGCAAAAGAAUACAAUGGAAAUCAUUCAAAUUAUGAAUGCUUACGGAUCCACCCCUUUCUUUCACAAUAAUCCAAAAUAUAACUAUUGGAAUAAACUCAGAUCUCCAUUUACUAAUCCCUUUCGAACUAUGACACAGACUAUUCUCAGUUCAGACGUAGCCCAUAUCUUGUCUUGGAUAAGAUUUCCAGCACUAGAAAUAGAACAAGAUGAGUUUCAUUCUGAAAAGGAAAAACAUGCGUUUGUAUCUUAUAACUAUCCUUUGUCCAUGUAUGAAAAUUUAACUAAAAACUUAACUUAAUGAUAUUUAGCACGUCAAAAUUCGAUAAAUUUAAUUCAGUGUACCAAAUGGACUGUGUGAUUUAACUUUUAUCCUUUGUAUUAAUCUAUAAAAUAAAUAUGAAAUUAAUGAUUUUGAAUAUUUGUAAACGUGACAUGUUUUAGUGUAUUAUUAUUAUUUUUGUUUUUUGCAGAUAAAAAGUUGUUUCCUUUAUUACUAAAAAAAAUGGUAUUAAAACAAUUAAUUUGUUUGAAGUCGUAGCAAACAAACCAUUACUUAGAAUGAUAAACCCCACUUAAAAUAUUAAUAUUUCAUUGCAUUUUUGUAAUUGAUUAAAAAAAAAGCAAUGAAUAGGUUUAUAUUAACUUUUUAAAAAAAAUUUCUCACUAAAGUUUUUUUUAAUUCUAAUUUAUUUAUAUCAAACCUAAAUAAUUGAUUUCCAUUUAGUGCGGAAUUUUCAGAACUUUGUUCGAACAGUGCAAUGCAGUUUUGGUUGGUGAAAGACUAUAAUCUUUAUAGUCUUUUUUUUGGUUAUGUAGAAUUGGAAAAUUUAAGAUAAAAAAUUCUUUAUACGUAUUAUUUAUUACAAUGCUUUUAUGUAAAUAAUUAAUGAUUAAGUUCAUAUUAGUCUGACAAUUGGCAAUGUACACCUUUUUCAUUACAUUGUGGAGGGAUUUUUUACAGAUGAAAUAGAAAUCGAGAGUAAAUUCACAUUGCAACUCACCAUUUUAUUAAAGUUUUUAAAAUAAUUGGAGAGGAUACCUGAUCAUGAUACAUAUGUGAGAUGUAUAUUGGUUUAAUGAUGUAUUGUGUAAAUAUACAGUGUAUGUAUACCAGGAAUUAUCUGUCUGGGGGUUUUCAUGUGUUAUUUUUUAUAAUAAAAUUAAAUUAUUUAACAUUGUUAGGAUUGCAAAUAUCCAUGAAGUUAUUGUGAAAACAUAUCGUUUGUUUACAUUUUAUUUAUUAGUUAUUUCUUAUUGUUUUCUCCCAAAUUUAAACCAAUUCCAGAAUAAUUGACGCAAAUAUGCUUCUGGUGGACAAUCGUGACACUGCUUUUGUUAAAAUUUUAUGAUUUCUUUAUUGAUUUGUUGACCCAAACUGUUUUAUUGUUCUUUGUUACUUUUUACGAUGUCUAGAUGACAACUUUUCAUUCUUGCGUUUGACUACAUGUAUUCGUGUCUUUGUUUUUACGAUAUGUUUACUAUGUCAAUUUAUCAGUAAAUGUUACAUUUGAAUUAGAUUUUAGUUUGUUUUUUUAAAGAUUAAAUCAAAACGUGAAGAAUUUUUGUUACUUGUUUGUCAAUAAAAGGUGAAUAAUGAUAUUAUUACUACAAAGGAUGUCCCUUGCUUUGUGAAUAAAUCGGAAUUUUAUCAAUUAUUUUAAUCAUUCAAAACAAUGUCAAUCUUUAGAACAUAACAAUACAAUGUACUAAGCGAAAUGUUAUUUCAAAGAAAAAUAGAAUGAACAAAAUUAAUUACAGCUAUACAGCUGAUAUGAUCAGUUAUGUUGUUACAUGUACAUGUAAUACUUAUUGUUCAUUGUUCGAACUCUUAUG